UAUACCAAACUAUUAUUCACUACUCGUAAGACAAGUUAUGGCGAAGUGUUAAUAACACAUUUAUUCAUAACAGCCCGAAGGAGGCAACGCACUAAAUUACAUUCAUAAAGGCUUUAUGUAUUAUAAAUAAAUACAUAAAUACAUACGGUUUACUAUAUAUGCCAGCAUUACUUUGGAAACACCUCACCCUUUCUGACCUGAUCUGCUGUUUGCUCAAACAAAAUGGCUGACAGUUUUGGCCAUGGUGGGUACCUUGCUCCUUUUCUUUAGCAGAAACUUCUCUGAGAAAGAAGUUAUUAAAGAUCCUGCCUGACAACUCAGUCAAGAAUAGAGCUUCUCCUAGAGAGUUUUCAUUAAAAAGCAUUUUAUCCUCCUUGUUUCACAAGGCUUGUUAAUUCUUACUGCUGAUCUCCCUGUGAGUGGCUUGUGAGCUAGCAGCUAAGGUACUGGCUUAGCUGCCCAGUUCUCUGGGUAUAUCUAUGUGACAUGCUCUCAGACCAAGCCUCCGAACAGAAAGAAAUUUUCCCACUAAAACUGCCUCUUUACUGCCUCCUUCUUCAGGAGAUCUUCAGCCAUUCUUCUCAGCUAUGGUAGCACUGUCCCAAUAUCUCCAAGUAUGUGGAAGCAUCUUUUUGAAGAUGGAUGUCCUCUCCAGCAUCUGCCUGUCUGGUAAACAGUUCCUUGCCUCAGUGAGAGCCAAAACUGACCCUCUUUUCCUUGUUAUUUCACCAGGAUGUUUUAUUAUGACAGGACUACUUGGUCUAUGUCAAUCUGCAUAUUAAGAAACACAUAGCAAGAGUAGGGUAUAUAGUAGCAGGAUACCUAUACACAAUUUAUUAUUGGUGUUUGAUUGACACCAGAUUGGAGAUUUUGGAUUAAAAGUGUAUCUGGGGAGACUUACUCCCAAUCUCCUUUCUCUAUCAGCAGACUAAUACAUAUUUUAUAGUUAGAGAUAACACUUUGAGAAGCAAGUCUAUUAGUAGAAAAAAACAGACAAGGGUUUUAGACUUUCUUAGGGGCUGAAAUAGAAGCAGCAGUCUUGCUUAAAAACAAAAUGCAACAAAAGCCUCAGCUGGCACUUGUAGAUAUCUAGCAAAAAAUAACAUUUCCCCUACAAUCUUGUCUUGCUUAAGUCCUCAGACUUAUAUACUGUAGAAGUAUAUUUAUUUUCACAAAAGGAAGCAGACUAAGGAAAAGAAAACUGCAUGGUCUAAACUUUUGCUAGAGGUAUAGGAACCUAACUCUUCUCCUUAACAGAGAUUACAGCAAUCCCCACAUAUGUUCUGAAGAAUUAUGUUGUACUAACUCUUUUUUCUCUUUUUAAAUCACACAAUGCUUUUCAGAGGUCAGAAUGGUUUCUUUACUGUUUGUCUUCUAUUAUUUAGAAGACAAUAGCUUCUAUAACUGAAAUAUAUUUGCUAUUGUAUAUUAUGAUUGUCCCUCGGACCAUGAACACUCCUUUAGCUAAAUUUUACACUUCUUCCGUCAUCUGCCAGGCCAUUAAGUUAUUCAUGAGAAACACGAGAAAUGCAUACCAUAAAAACAUUUGGAAUUGAAUACUUUUUGCUUUCUAUGGAGCUAUGUUUUUCUAUUACUCCCUGAGAAUAAAAAUUGUUUAUAAGGCCUUCACACCCAUCAAAAGAUCUUUUUCUAAAUAUUCCAACUCUCCAAAGAAAAUGUGUCUGCUUUUCAUUCUCAUCUCAUUUGGUUUUCUCACAUGCACACUUCUUCAUUUCGUCAGGAGAAAAUUAGGCUAAGUCCUGUUCUCACUUAUCUCCUGUCUAGCAUGGCUCAGAUGCGUGCUGUACAUUCAAAAAAGACCAACUGAAAUAGAGUUCUGUUCUGUUACUACGACCAUAAUAACAAGCAGAUUAACUAAUAAUUGCUAAUUAUGUUUUCCAUCGCAAAGUUUUUCUCUUUUUUUUUUUUGUUUGUUUUUGUUGUUGUUUUCAUUAACAUCCAGGUACCUAGUUGUAACUGAGGCUUAAAGGAACAUGACAAGUAUUUCCCAGUCUUCUGUCCUACUCAACAGUCCUGAUGGAUUAGCAGAACUAGCAGGAAACACUUUGUUACACAGAAUAAGAAACUAAUAUUUGCUCUCCCUUCAACCCAGAAUGGACCCAUUGAAAGUAAAUCUGACCCAAUUCCAUCAAAUGAUUUUAUGGUGUCAAAGGUCAAACUUCUGAAGCGCACCAGCGGGUGGGUCCAAAUUCAGACUGUAUAAAUUCCCCAGGGUACAGCCACUCUCUCAACAUACAGCUGGAAAGCUGUAUUACCUUUGGUGCUGAAGCUCAAACGGUAAGCGCUUCUCUAGGAAAAUUUACCUUCCCACUAUAUUUGCUCUUGCUUGUGCCUAAACUUAAAAAAAAUAAUUAUUAUUGUCUUAUGCUUGGUAUCUUUAAGGUCAGAAUAUUUGCAUGAUAUUCUCUACAAAAACUUCUCACCUGUGUGUAUGUAUUCUGCUCUGUUUUAUUAUGUGUAAAAACUAUGUGUUGGUUUUCAGGAGAUUUCUAAAACAGUUAUUCUUUGUGCUUAAAAUAUGUUUUUAUUUCAGAGCACCUUAUUGUAUUGUUCAGUAUCUUUUAAAUUUGAUUUUUUGCAGUUUGCUUGAUUGACUUCCAGUUCAACAGAAUGCACAGAGAGCAACACUGUGGCAUUCAGUGAUUUUUUAGGGUUAUUUUAGUGUGAAAUUUCUCUAACAGUUUAAUUCCUGCAAAAUACAGCUGCUGAACUCUACACAAGAUCAAAACGUGUAGGUGUAUAAACUUAUAUUCUUACAAUAAUCUAUAAAUGUUAAUUUGUUUACAGAAAAGAAUGUGAGAGAAAUAUGUGGACGUGUGUGUUUAUUCACAUGCAUGGUCACUAAAAACCUCGGUGGGGUUUAAUAUGACAAAGACAAACUUCAGGCUUCAGCAUUAAGCACCUGUAUAAGAGGCUGGAUUCUGGAAGACAAAUAACCUUAGCAAUUUCUAUAAAUUACAGGAAGAAAACUAGGUUCAUGCUGACCUCAAAAGCUGUGCUUUAUAUAAGCAUACUGGCUAUACAGGACUUGUACAGCCUGGCACUUUAUAGUAGUUAAAGACAGAAACAAAUAUAAAGAUUCUACUGCUUUACACAACUAUUCAUUUGACAGUGCUGUAUUAUAGUUGCUAAUUUACCAUGUCUGCAUUCCUCUUCUGUCUGAAUGUCACUAACAAAAUUUAACUCCUCAGAAAGGUUAUAGUACAGGAUAUAUACAUAUAGCUUGCUUUUUUCAAGUAUGUCUGAAAGCACGAUAGGGUGGAAUUGAAUAUUCAUAUAUAUGAAUUAUGUGCAUCAGUCUCUCUUCUAGACUUAGACAAAUUAUAUUCCCUAUCUAUUCUUCCAUUACUAAAACAAGAGUAGAAAUGCAAGCCUUUAAAGAUCCACUGGCAGUAGGUACAAUGGAACAAGUAGAUAUUUUUCUUCACUUAUUUAUUUUUAGAAUAUAAAAACAGUCAGCGAGCCUCUGCUUUCACAUUUAUCUGUCCAAACCUACUGAAAUUUGCACUUUGAAUUUCCAGCUUUGCAAGUCUAUCAAACAGGCCAUAUUUUCUUGUUUUGAUUCGAGGAAUUCUAUCUUUCACUGGAUGAAAAUAUGUACAAACAAUUGUUGUUUGACUGCUUUUAAAAGGUAAACAAACUAUAUAUGGAACUAAGACUUCUGAGAAAAUUUACUGCUAAAAAGGCAACUGAAUGCAAAUGCAAAAAGAAAUAGAUUUAUGAAUACAGUUUUGAACAUGCAGGAGAGGUGGGUAUGGCAAUAGGCAUGUUAACAAAGAAUGACUUUUAAACUAUUUGUUUUUUUAUUGAAUGGCCUAAAAACUACCGGUACUUCAAAAGGGGUGGCUCACUACAGAAAAUCCUGCAUCGCACUGUGUUUGUAUAGCAUUCCAUCAUUACAUUGUCACUGUGCUUCUGCUGUUUGCUCUAGACAACACGGAUUUCACAAUGGGCUCCAUCGGUGCAGCAAGCACGGAAUUUUGUUUUGAUGUCUUCAGGGAGCUGAAAGUCCAGCAUGUCAAUGAGAACAUCUUCUACUCCCCCUUGAGCAUCAUUUCAGCUCUGGCCAUGGUCUACCUAGGUGCAAGAGACAACACCAGGGCCCAGAUAGAUAAGGUUGUUCACUUCGAUAAAAUCCCAGGAUUUGGAGAGAGUAUGGAAUCUCAGUGUGGCACAUCUGUAAGUGUCCAUUCUUCACUUAGAGACAUACUCACCGAAAUCACCAAACCAAGUGACAAUUUUUCGCUCAGCUUUGCCAGUAGACUUUAUGCUGAAGAGACAUACACAAUCCUGCCGGAAUACUUGCAAUGUGUGAAGGAACUGUAUAAAGGAGGCUUGGAGUCUAUCAGCUUCCAAACAGCUGCAGAUCAAGCCAGAGAGCUCAUCAAUUCCUGGGUUGAAAGUCAAACAAAUGGAAUCAUCAAAAAUAUCCUUCAGCCAAGCUCUGUGGAUUCCCAGACUACAAUGGUCCUGGUUAAUGCCAUUUACUUCAAAGGAAUGUGGGAGAAAGCAUUUAAGGAUGAAGACACUCAAACCAUGCCUUUCAGAAUGACCGAGCAAGAAAGCAAACCUGUGCAGAUGAUGUACCAGGUUGGUUCAUUUAAAGUGGCCACGGUGACUUCUGAGAAAGUGAAGAUCCUGGAGCUUCCAUUUGCCAGUGGAAUGAUGAGCAUGUGCGUGCUGUUGCCUGAUGAAGUCUCUGGCCUGGAGCAGCUUGAGACUACAAUCAGCUUUGAAAAACUGACAGAAUGGACCAGUUCUACUAUGAUGGAAGAGAGGAGGAUGAAAGUGUACCUCCCCCGCAUGAAGAUGGAGGAGAAAUACAACCUCACAUCUGUCUUCAUGGCCUUGGGUAUGACCGACCUGUUCAGCUCAUCAGCGAAUAUGUCUGGCAUCUCUUCAACAGUAAGCUUAAAGAUGUCUGAGGCUGUCCAUGCAGCAUGUGUGGAAAUCUUUGAAGCAGGCAGAGAUGUGGUAGGCUCAGCAGAAGCUGGGAUGGAUGUUACAAGCGUCUCUGAAGAAUUUAGGGCUGACCACCCAUUCCUCUUCUUCAUCAAGCACAACCCAACCAACAGCAUUCUCUUCUUUGGCAGAUGGAUUUCCCCUUAAAGAAAAGAAAGUUGAAAGAGUUUCUGCCCCUUACAGCAAGACCCAAAGCACUGUAAUACCAAGGAUAAAAAAGAAAGGCAUAUUUUCUGUCACAGCCAUAUAAGGAAAAAAAAAAAAACAAAACACACACAACAUAAAUCUGAGAGAAAUUACAAUAUAACAUCCACCCUUUGCCUUUCCUUUAUGCAUCAUGGACGAAGGGUUAAGGGAAUGAAAACUGCACCCAAAGAAAGCAUAAUCAUGAACAGAGAUGUUCCUGCUGCAAACUAACAUUUCAGUAAUAGUACUGAAUCAUCAGAAUCAUCACACUGAAAAAUACAACCUGAUUUACCAGCAGAAGUCCUAUGGGGGAAAAAAUACAGCCUUCCAAUUAAGCCAGGUGUCUGCAUGACCAGGCUUUGUGGUGACUCCUCCAGAAUUAGUCACUUGAAAGCUCUCAGAUUAAACUAUCGAUUGUCACCAACCAUUCCUAUGCUGACAAGGCAAUUGCUUUUCCUUUGUGCUCCUGGUGCUGCAGGGCUCUUCCUCACUUUUCUAAGAUGCCUUAUAGAAAUCUUAUAAUUCACAUUUCUCCUUAAACUUUUUUGGCUCAAUCAUCAUGACCAAAUAUGGCAUGUUACUAUUCAAAUUGUUUUUCUUGUAUUCACAUGUAAUGGGUCUUGUUUAUGUACUCUUUUAAUACUUUAAUCUUAAUAAAAACAUGUUUAAGCAAACACAUCUCAUUUGUAGUAUUUCAAAUGCAGCAAGGGCUUUUACCAGAGAAGGAAGGACCUAUGCAGAGGAAUAAGCAUGGACACACAGGCUGGAAGCAACGCUGCGGAAGUCCUGAUAGGUGGCGAGAGGU